AUUCGAUUCUCGACUCUCGACAGUCGGACCUCGAGCACCGACCGGAUCAUACACACAGCUGUGGACAACCAACACUCAAAAAUCAGCUGAUCGAGUAGUGUUUGUAGGCAGUGUGAUGGUGAUAAAACGCGGGGUUAAGUGUGAUAACGCGCGUAAUCGGUCGACAAGCGAACAGCUGAACAAGGCGGUGAGGUGGCUACAGAUCAAUACGUGACUUUGAGGUUAUGCUGUAACAGUGAGUUGAAUCAUCUAAUUAUUAAGUAUUUUAAUAAAUUUUCGGUUAUGUGUUUUAUAAAUCUCAAAAUACGUUUCUUAUUAUGAUUUACGAACUUUAAAAAUAAUUGUGACAGAAAUCUUUAUGUUAGGUGAACUAUUUUUGCAUAUAUUUUCAAAGUGUCUUCAACAUGUACUUCACUUCUCCCUUUCUUCAACUCCGUUCUUCAGGAGUUUGUCUCUUCAUCUCAGUCUACUUCUUCCUCUUCCUAGUGGCCAGCAUAGUUCUCUUCACUCCCAUGUUCCGUGCCUCCUUGGACCACAGAGUUCCUCCCCCUAGCUACCGGAGCGACCCUGACAACUCCUGGGAGAACUCGCUGUUCCUGAACCUCAGCGGGUUUUCCUCCGCCCCCAGAGGACUCCGGUGGCCCGUGCCGUCCUCCGGUCCCAUCAACUGCUCAACCCUCCACGAGGUACGCGACCUGGAGUUUGUCGCCGCCGGAUGGACCAAGGCUGUGUACAAGGGAGUGUUCCGUGGAAGUCCUGUAGCGGUCAAGACGGUGAACCUCAACGGGCACGACUUCCGCCAAUGUCAAGAGAGUAAACCACAGGCUUCUCUGGCUACUUGCUACCGUAGAACUGCUGCGAAACUGCUCAAGGAACUUAUCCUGCUGACGGAGUUGCAGCAUCAAAACGUUAUCAAGAUACUAGGAUCUUGUGUGCCUGAUGCUGUGGGGCCGGUAGUGAUUGCUACAGAACUGGGAGAACCUUUGGAUACUGUCCAUCUUCUGCAGCUAUCCUGGGAACAUCGCCUCCAGCUGGUCCACGGAGUAGCGAGUCUUCUCUACCACCUGGCCCACUCUCCUCUCGGAUCUCUCGCCAUGAACGACCUGCGUCGCCAACAGUUUGUGUUGGCCGGAGGUGUCCUCAAGUUGUCCGAUGUAGACGACAUGGGCGUCUCUGAACCUUACUGUGAGACAGACCUAGACUGCAGCAGACAUCUCCAGCCUAACAUGACUGAUCGAGGGUUGACGAGGUGCGUAGACAGCCAGUGCAGAGGACACAACGAGAGGCUCAACAUCUGGAGAGCUGGCCAACACUUUGUACGUCAGCUGUUGCCGCUGAGAGCUCCGUCUGCGCUGGAGCCACAGAUACAUCAGCUGCUGGAGGCGUACAGUGACACGUCUUGGAGCUCAGAGAGGAUACUGGCUGCCACGGAGCAGCUGCUCCGCUCAUACACUGGUCACAGGGGAACGUACGAGGAUUUCCCAGACAGUGAUCUGCCAGGACAGUUUGACUAUUGGUGUAGACACAGUGAGGACCCUGUCAGCUGUAGAUACACUGUCAGCAAUACAGAAGAGGCAGUGUCUCUAUGCGACGGUGACCUCUUGUGUCGUGCUAUCAUCAUCAGACAUGAGCAUGAUAAAAUUCAAGCGACGCUCAAAAAUGGGUUCGCACCCCCCACCAGCCGUCCAGGGGCGUAUUUACUGCUUAAGCCGAGAUGAUUCCCCCUUUACCCCCCUACGGUGUCCUCUAGUCAUCUGCCAGACCUCUGUGAUAUAGACUUAUGAUAAUUGUCUCGAUGUGAUAUAACAUUUUGUAACUUUUUCAUGUUGUGAUAUUGUGUAUUUUUGUAUAUUUGUUAUUGUUUUAUAUGGUUUGUACUGAUUAUUGUACGUAUUUACUGAGGCUUUGUACUUGUGAAAUAUAUUGUUAUAAAUUUAUUUCUACAAUUGUCUAA